AUCCGGACAGGAUGCGCUAAAAUUUAGGUCUGGCUCUUCGAUCCAAAAGCGGAGAGUUGUGAUACUGUUGGUCCUCUCUGCGCCUUUCAGCGGAGGCGGCGGCGUACCACGCUUCCAAGGUUACAUACUUCACGGAAUUCAUAACACUACCACUACCUUACUUACCUACUAUGAACAAUCUUGGGGCAGUACCGCGCAAUAAAUCAACAUAGGGAACUUUUUCCCAUUUGUUAGAUGCACGUCUCCCUGCAUAACAUUACAAAUAGCCGCUGCAUAUCAGACCACAAUCACGAGACCUGUCCAAGAAUACGUUUUAGACAUAAUUUGUGCGACAAGACGCACUAAAUUCUACCCACCGCACACGUGGAAAGAAAUCCCAACUUCUUCCUUUCCUAUAUGAUUCAAUACGAUGACGGUAAUUCUCAUAACGGGUGCCACCGGCUUUAUCGGUUUCAGUGUUCUGCUGGCUGCCUUGGAAGCUGGUCAUAUAGUUCGGUAUACCGCACGAUCCGAAGAGAAAGCCCUGGUGGUCUCCUCCAACCCCGCGAUCCAAAGACUGGCUCUUGACAAAAACAGCCUAUCCUCUGUCAUUGUUCCUGACUUAACCGUUGAUGGCGCCUUUGAUACUGCACUGGAAGGCGUUACACAUGUCAUUCAUGCUGGCUCCCCGGUGCCACACCCGGCCUAUAACCCGACUACCGAAGUAUUUCAACCUACUCUGAAGAUCUCAGAGGGUCUGUUAGCUUCCGCGCUCAAGACGCCUACUGUGAAGCGUGUAAUAAUCACCUCUUCGAUUGUUGGCAAUUUGCCCCUCGGGCCUCCGCCGGCAACGCCUGUCUCUGCAUCCUCUCGCGUCCCUUUGCCGGAUCCCAUUCCAUCGACUUUCGAUAACCUUUUCGAAGCAUACGUAUUCGGAAAAAUCAUCGAGCUUCAUAAUUCUGACGAAUUUAUCAAGACUCAUCAUCCUCACUUCACGAUAUCUCACGUAGUGCCUGGAUACGUUUUCGGUCGGAAUGAGCUUGCACUCGAUGCCACCAUGACGGAAACCCAAAACAGCUCCAACAACUUUCUUAUGAUGGCAAUUAGAGGCGGUGAACCGCCAUAUCCGUUGUAUGAUAGCUUUGCUCACAUUGAUGAUGUGGCCGAGGUUCAUUUGCGUGUAGCAUUCUUAGACACCGAGACAGGACCUAAAGAUUUUGCUAUUACGACUAAAAUGGAUUAUGACACAAUUUUCGAUCACGUCAAGAAAGUCUUUCCCGAUGCUGUUGCUGCAGGUAUAUUCAAAAUGGGUAAGGUGAUUCCACUGCCUAUCAACUACGACUCAAAUGACACAGAGCAAUUGCUAGGUAGAAAGUUUAAAACUUUCGAAACUGCUGUCAUUGAUGUAGCGAGCCAAUAUCUUGAGACAGCUGGGCAUACUAGUGUAUAAACAUGGCUUCUGAGAGUUUGGAGACAGGAAUCAGAGGCAAAGAUAUGAAUAUAUAUAGCUAGAAGGAGUUUGACUGCCCUUUCUCCUAGCCUUUUAGAAUCUGAAACAAUGAGAGCCUUUAUUACUAUAUACAUUGCACCU